AUGGAAUCGGAUUCAACUUCUGAUCACGAUGAGGACUCCAAACAAAGAGGUCCGACAACAAAGGCAGAAGCUAAUAAAGUGAAACUUGUAGUAACUUAUAAUAAAACAUGUGUCCCGGUUGGAAAGGAAGCUAUAAAACUAUCUACUUUUGAGGGUUUGGUUGCAAGAACAAUAGUUCCGAUAACCUAUGAGUCAUGGUUGGAAGUUAGAGAUGACGUAAGGGAAGGGUUAUGGCAAUAUGUUUUGGAUGAGUUGCAGAAAUCGGGAAGCUUUGCAGAGGUUACAUGUGGAACACAUGAUGUAGUUAUAGAGGCCUUGGGAAAAGUGGUGGCAAAACCUGUGAAAAAACAUGCAACACCAGUGAAGGAAGGUGCAACACCUUUAAAAGAAGAAGUAUAA